CGCACAUUGUUGGGAACACCUGGCUUUUAGCAUGAGAAAAAAUGCACUGGCUACAGCAUGGAUGCUGACGUAGUGGAUAAUAUAAUUUCCUUGGAUGAAUAAAAGGUUUUGUAAAGCGAGCGGCGAGCGGCAUUAUGCGUUAACUCUUGCGGAAGAUCAGGACCUGAGUUUAUGAUAUACGGCUGGCGAACGAGCGCGUCGAACAACAAUGUAAAACAUAGCUAAAAGAGACAGUCGAUGUGAUUUCAGAGUCGCCAUUGUGACGUCCGAAGGAGAGCAGAACCGCAGAACUACGGUCAACCAAAAUGGUGGACGACCAUCGCUGGUGCAGUACCACUGAGCCAUAUCAAGACCAGCGCGGUCGACUGGUAUCCAAAAACACGUGGCUGGUCCCCUGCUUUCUCAGCGUUGACUACGUGCUUUUCGCCGGUGUCGGUGCCCUCUGGUUCUUUCUGGAGUUUACAGACUAUCUUCCUAAUCAGAUAACGAGAGGAUUUUGGUGCAAUGAGAGGCAGUACAUGAAGCCGUACAACCGGGAAGAAAUUGUUCCGGAGAGAGGACUCUACGUCAUCAGUUUUGCAGCGCCAAUCAUUCUGAUCCUCCUCGGGGAGAGCAUGUUGGCUCUAUGCAAGUGUGAUAAUGGUAAAGACACAAUGAAGGUCGUGCUGAGCUGUAGUCUACGACUAUACACGCCCAUGAGGAGAGCGCUGCGCUUCAUCGGUGUGUUCAGUUUUGGAGGAUUCGCCACCUGGGUCAUCACCGAUUUCAUCCAGAUUGUAACUGGGCAGAUGACGCCUUACUUCUUCGCUGCGUGCGAUCCUGACGCCUGCAGUCCGAUCUACGGUCCCGCCGACACGAGAUUUGUCACGGACUACACCUGCUUGAAUGGCGACCACGAGCUAAUCAAACAAGCGAGGAGGUCUUUACCGUCAAUCCAUGCGUCGCUGGGUGCCUACUCCUCUGUUUUUGCCACGGUGUAUCUCUCCACGCAAAUGCAGUUCCGGAACGUCCGUCUGCCAGUCCCUCUGCUCUGUCUCACGUACCUGAGCUGCGCCGUUAUAUGGGGACUUUCUCGGGCGGCAUCCUACAAAAAUCACUGUUCCGACGUGUUCGCUGGAUUCAUCCUUGGAACUUCCAUCGCCGUGUACUUGAGUCUGGUCAUUUUGAAAGCAUUCCAGGAAAGAACCCCCAAGCCACACUCCAAUCUUGCCGUGACGCCGUCAAAGGACUCGUCCGUAUUCUCAAUCGAGGAAGAGCACUUCAUGAGGACCGCGCCAUCGUCGUUUGUUCUACCCAGAGUGCAACACUGCAGGGGCACCGACUCACCGUGCACUUCGCACAUGUCCCAGCAGAACGGGAUACCGCUCAGUCACAACCCGGCCUAUCUGGAUGAUGUGGUCAUUGUCCAUCAUCGGGCGCAACCGGGGACAAUCUGAGAGUCAGUGAAUAUAAUAUUUAGGGCUCUAAUCAGCUGGUAAUCUCGGAUGACGCCAACGAAAGAUGAUCUCAGGCUUAUGAACCACGAUGGGGGAACAGAUGCUUACAGACUUUUUUCCCCGUACGACCGUCUUUUAACUGUUCUGGUUAUCCUCCUUGAGCAGGUGCACACCCUCGUCGAUUGAUCGGGAGUGCUCAUUUUGUUGGUAUCGAUGCGACCGUAACGCGCAGUCUUUAAAGUCGUUUGUGAACCAGCGAAGUGCAGUUCUGACCACUACCUACAGAGGAGCCAGCCACAGAUUUAACUGUCUAUGGAGCCAGCGUUGAUAAAAUUGCGCCCUCUCUUGGUCUAGUUCGGUGCUCGUGCAUUACCAAUGAG